GCAGCCCCUUGAAAUGACGAGUGCAGCCUCCUUCCCCUGUAGAGUGAAGCCUGGGGCCAGGGGGAUGUCUGUGUGGGGCUCUGCAGCCCCUUGGUGACACAUGUGAGGUCACAAUGGGACGUUCUGCCUCCAUGGAACCAUAACACCCACUACCCUAAGAGCCAGAGACCAGCCCAGCUGUGGUGCCCCACCAUCCCACCAGGCCAGGAGAGGAAGAAAUCAGGCACGAGGAGCUGCAGCCAUGACAGAGCUUUUCCCUGGCUUCCUCCUCGCACUGUCUCCGGAUCUUGUGUACUUUCAGAAGGAUGGUAAAGCCUUGAGAUCCCCGAGGUCCUGGCAUCCUCCUGCCCCUGGGGGUGGGAAUGUGUUGAUGGCUUUGCCCAGGGAAAGGGUCCCUCUGGAGAAGGGGAUCUGACAUUAGGAAGAUGAGGAGGGGAUGAUAAACUUCGUAACUUCAGCAUGGCCCUUUCUCUUCUUCUGACAGAAAUCAUUAAAGUUUGGGACUGUGUGUCUGAGUGCUAUCGCCAAGACCUGGUGCUGAAGAAGGUGGGGCUGGUUUCCUCAUGGUGUUCCCUCAGACCAUGGGGGUUUCCUGAUCCUUACCCAUCCUGCCUGGCCCUCACCUAGCCUAGAGGGCAGAAACAUCCCUGGCAGAUUCUGCAUUUUAGCCAGAGACCCAUUGUGAGUGCGGGCAAGAAGUCAAGCGCUGCUUGAGUAGAACAUCGGAUUUCCGCUUUGGAGUCUUCCCCAGGAUGGAUGGAAAGGACGGAGGCCCAGGCAGUGCUCCUGCACUCCUUGGGCCUUCCCAGGCUCCAGGAGUUUCUCCCAUAUAUCUUUCACUCCAGAUGGUUCCUCACUCCCUCUUCUCCAGGAUCUGCAGGAUUUGGCACUUCUCCAAAGCUUUCCUUGGGGGCUCCAUCUCAGGCCUUGGAGCUGCAGGGAUGGAAAGGCCACAGAUCACCCUUAGCCUUCCCUUCUGUUUGCCCUCUGAUUGCCUGCUUUUGCUUCCAGAGAGUUGGACUGAUGGGCCUGGGUACCAUCCACAUUAUGAAAAGACCUAUCUGGCAUGGAGAAGGGGAAGGUUUCAUGGCCGACAGUCCAGAGUUCAAUCUGAGCAAGCCCUUUCUGGUGGGGAAGAAGCUCCUCCAUGGGAAAAGCCCCGUGCCUGGGCUCUCCAAAGCAGACGAGUUAAUCUGUGCUGAGGUGGCCUUGCGCCUGCACAAACCCAAGGCCACCAUCGUGACGUGCAUCAAGGCCACGCUAAAGAUCUGUGAGUGGGCCUUGUCCAGUGGCCAGAACUUCGACUUUGUGUUCAAGGACAUUGGCAUCCUGGUCUGCCGGGGAAACCACGUGGUCAUGAGAUUCUUUGAAGACUUGGUCCGGGAGGUGGCUCAGUCACAGUGCCUGGCAGAAGGUUUGCUCCAGUCACCAAAUCUGAAGCCAUUAUUCAUAGGCCACAUGGAAAAGGACAUUUCCCAGAUCCCUCCUGGAGGUGUUUUUGUGCUGCCACACUUUGUGCAGGCAGAUGGGAAGUCCCAGCCACAUCCUAUAAGUGCUUCCCUACAAGGCUGUGGAACCACAAGCAAAACCAGCACCAAGCGCCAAACAACUCUGGGGAACCUUCCCAGCCAACGCCUCUUUCUUCGUCCACGUCUUUCUCCAAGUCAGAUUUAUGAUGUGAAAGCAAUGGGAAGAGGAAAGAAAAAGGGUGAUGGUGGAGUGCAGAGAGGGAGUUUGCUGCCUCCAAUUGAGAACUCUGUGAAGAAGGGCAGAGCCACCAAGGGGAUGGAAGCACCCAAAGCUGGGCUGGCAGCUCCCACCAGGCAGCAAAAACAUGUCCAGCUUCCACCCCUGGCAGAGCAGAAGCAUCUGGGGAAGGCUGCUGCCUUCUGUCCUGGAGGAUUUGAAAGGCUCAGGAAGGAGAGAGCGGCUGCUGUGGCAGGAGUGACUGCUGCUUUGUCCCCAGAGAGAAAGGAGGGGAAGACACCAUCCCCUUGUGGAGGACGACCACAGCCAAGGACUCCACGAGCAAAACAGGUCCUCCUAAAUCGGCAGCCGUACAAAGUUGCCCGGGAACAGUGCAUGAAGGCCUUGCAGAUCAACAAGUUACGGGAAUGGUCCGAUGACAAUUCCCUCGCUCCUGAUCUACCUGAGCUUGGUGAAGCAGCUGGAGGUCAAUGAAGAGAGAACAGCAGAACUCCAUGGGCACGGGGGCAGCCACACAGCACCAUGGAAAAAGGAAUAAAGACCUAGAAAUCUGUCACUUUGGUGCACGAAUUGCUGCUCCACAAGAGGGAUUGAGCCCGCGGUCGGGGCAACAGCGUUUGGUGAUCUAAAUGGGACUGGUAGACAUGGACGACUCCAGCCACAGAAUGCCAGGACAGCUUGGAAUGUUUUGCCCACCUGUGUCACGGACAGCAUCUCAAAGUGGGAGCAACUCAUAAAUCCCAGGAUCUGCCUGGGUGUGACUGAUGAGCUGUGCUACUGAGUAGAUAUGUGAGAGUCCCCCUCAGGCUUUAU